AUGCAUACCACUCGAAUGUCAACGUUAGGUUGUUUAGUUUUUACGUUUUCAAUCUCGGCUCGAUAUGGCCACGCAGCAGACCUCCAAAACUUCAUCCCAGCUUCGCCUUCCCCAAUGACCUCACCGACGACUGAGUUCCCUCAACAGUUGGAUGCCACGUCGUUCCACGCCGCAAUAAUCCGCAAAGCAAGAAGGUCAGGCUCUUUAUCCGUUGCCACCAAUAAUACCUCUUCGUUGGUGGUAAAGCCGCGAUGGAAAAAGUGCUCCAGGGGCAUCAAAUCCAGGUAUUGCCGAUCUUACCACCGAAACCUGAAAGAUCGCAAAUCGGCUUUGAAGAGCGACUCAAGUCUGAAGGUCGGGAAUGUUAAAGCAGUCUCAAUUCCCAUACCCGACGUUGCCGCCCCCGUCCCAGUCCCGAAGCUUGAAAUCACGUCGACCCCCAGGGUCGAAGUUCCGUCGACCCCCAAAGUCGAAGUUCCGUCGACCCCCAAGGUCGAAGUUCCGUCGACCCCCUUGACCCCCAAACUCGAAGUCCCACCGAUAGGACUCAGCACGAAUUCCGGUGAUGCUACUUACUACGGGACUGGUAUGGGGGCCUGCGGAAUAGUCAGCAAUGACAACUCCAUGAUCGCUGCCGCUUCUCAUCUUUUAUUCGAUAGCUUUCCUGGUGCUACUGCCAACCCAAACAUGAACCCCAUCUGCGGCAGAAAAGUCAAGGCUACGUAUCAAGGCAAAUCUGUGGUGGUCGAAGUGGUGGACCGCUGCACUGGAUGCGCUUUGCAUGAUUUGGAUUUCUCUCCUGCCGCGUUUGCUCAAAUUGGCCCUAUGGAGCGUGGUCGUCUGCAUGGAAUGACAUGGGAAUGGAUGUAG